AUGGAUGCACUCGUGGUCGCAGAAGCGAGUCCGCAUCGAGAGGACGAGCCAGCUGUGCCCGAUGAGAAUGGCUCCGACGAGAGUCCCGAUGCAGAGAACAAAUUCCAGAAGGCUAUAUCGGCAUGGCGUGGGCUCGAUCUAUCCAAUUUGAUCCCGCAGUUAGACGCAACUGCGUCUGAGAUCGUGAACAACCAGAAAGAGGCGGUGGUUGAGCGGAAAGAGACAUUCAUUGAUCUGCUGACGACACACGGCAAGACCUCAUCCUCAGCAUUCCUCCAGGUCUAUACACCGCUUUCCGAUGUUCCAGAUCCCUUUCCGCUGCUAGAGGCCUCCGUCGAGGCCCUAGUCGCGUCGGAAGACACCCUGCCCAAAGUCACGGCGGAGAAUGAGGAGCUGAAGAAGCGAGUGAACAAGUUGACUUCGCAGCUGGAAGACACAGAGCGCAAGCUACAAGAAGAGAGCACAGCUCGACGUGAAGCAGAUGCCGGAUCAGGUGACCAAAUCAAAGAGAUCGUUGCGAAUUGGACCAAGGUCGUCGAAGAGAAAGAGAGCAACUGGGAAGCCAAAGAGAAGGCGUUAGAGGAGAAGGUCGAGCACCAAGACCGUCUGUUGAAGGAACUGAAAGCGAGCUAUGAAGUUGCCCAGCGGCUUGGCCACGACGGGGAACAGCCGGCGGAAGGCGUGUACGGCAAAGCCGCCGCGGCGGAACUGGACAUGCUCAACUCGGAAUUCGAAAAGACAAGCGCUCGGCUCGCGGAGAUGGAGGCCAGGAACGAACAGCUCCGCUUGGAGUUGGCGCGCGCUACCUCACAGAAUGCGGCACAGCAGUCGCACGAGGACGAGGCUGAACUACUCCGGCUCCGUUCGGAGAACUCGUCCCUACUGCGAAAAGCCGAGAGUGCGAGAUUCGAGAAAGACGCGGAGAAACGCGAAUGGGACAACAAGCUACGACAUGCGGAGCGGCAACGCUCGCAGCUCGCUAGCGAAGUCCAGGACAUGCGCACAAAGCUUCAUAAGUGUGCUGACUACGAUGAAAUCAAGCGAGAGCUUGAAGUGCUGCAGUCGAUUGAGCUGUCUGUAGACGAUGACGAUAUCUCUGCAGAGCCAGUCGCCAACGGAAGUGCUGAGAAGGGCAAGGAGCAGUCGCUCGAGCAGCUACUCUUGGCAAAGAACAAGAAACUGAGCAGCGAGAUCACUCUUAUGCGAGUUGCGCACCAAGAUACACGACAGCAGCUCGAGGACCUGCAGGAAGAGUUCUCCCGCACGAAUGCGGAACUUGAGCAGUCUCAGAAACUGGCCUCUACGCUGGAAAAUGACCUGUUGCGGGUGCAGGAAGAGGCAUCCAACGCACUGCCUUCUUCAGGCAUGUCGGUCGCCGGCACAUACACAUCGCGCCACCCGGGGUCCAUGAGACGAGGGCGAGCGUCGCCAACAUCGUCUAUCAUCUCGGGUUACGAUACUGGCCCUCGGUUAGGUUCUACGACUCUGGAAUCUUUGCGAUCGGGUGAGCCUGUUGGGGGUGGCUCGGGAAUCUUACCCAUGAUCCAGGCGCAGCGCGACCGCUUCAAGCAGAAGAAUCAGCAGCUCGAGGAAGAGCUUCAGAAGACGUAUACUACCGUUACAUCGCUGCGGCAAGAGGUUGCAUCCUUGCAAAAGGACAAUCUCCAGCUCUAUGAAAAGUCACGGUACGUGUCAGCUUACAGUCGGGGCGCCAACACAUCAUCGACCGGCUAUUCUGGCGGCAUGUCGCACACUCGUGUCCACGCGGAGGAAGAUCCCGACACCGACAGCAGGUGGAAGUCGCAGUACGAGGCCAACAUUUCACCGUUUGCGGCAUUCCGCGGAAAGGAGGCCACUCGAGCGUAUCGGCGCAUGAGCCUGCCAGAGCGGAUGAUCUUCUCGUUGACGCGGAUCGUGCUGGCGACCAGAACAAGCCGCAACAUCUUUGCGGUGUAUUGCGUGGCACUGCACCUUCUGGUAUUUGUCAUGCUGUACUGGACUGGCUCGACUGACGUGGAGAGGCACGCGGUGGGUGAGAUAGGGAACCUGGCGGCCGGCGCGGCACUGGCAGGCCCUGCUCCCAGAGGGGGCGCGGCUAUGGGUGAGGCUGGGAGUGAGUGGCAACAGGAAGGCUUUGGAUAA